CACCCAAAAGCGCUCUCCCACUAAUCAGAGUGAUUAAUCGUUAAUCACUUCCAAUCCCCUCAUUAGCAACCUUUUAAUCAUAACGAUGCCUGGAGCAAGGAUUAGAGUCCCGAUUCGGCAGCACGGCUUCAUGUACAACAGCAGCCUCGAAUCGGCGGCGGCCCAGUCUUCGUCGGCGGGGAGCCCAGCGAUCUCCGACGUGGAUGAUCCUCUGUUCGGGUUCCUCGACGGCGGAAAUUACAACAACAGUAGUUACGAGGGAUCGUCGCCGGAGAGCGGAUACCGGGAGAAUCACGACGAAGACGAGGCAACGACCGAUCCGGCGGAAGAUGAGGAAGAGAUCAGGAGGUUUUGGGAGAACCAACACCAACUACUACAGGCGACGUUGUGUAGAACGAGCUCGCUGGAAACAGGGAUUCGGAACCUGACGAAAGAAGCGGUGAAGGAAAUUGAGAUGGCCGGAACAAUCUGCUGCUGCGGCGGCAGGGUCAUGGUCGGAGGUUGCCGGAGUUGCUUGAUGGCCGAGAUCGCCGGCAGGCUGAGGAACGCCGGUUACAACAGCGGCAUUUGCCGGACCAAAUGGAGAAGCUCCCCGGAUAUUCCAUCUGGAGAGCACACAUUUUUGGACGUGAUCGACACCACGAGCUCGAAGAUAGGAGAAGUGAGGGUGAUCAUCGAGCUGAACUUCCGGGCCGAGUUCGAGAUGGCGAAGGCGAGCGACGAGUACGGCCGGCUCGUCCGCCGGCUGCCGGAAAUCUUCGUCGGGAAAAUCGAGAGGCUCGCCAGCGUGAUAAAGAUACUGUGUACGGCGGCGAAGAAGUGCCUGAGCGAGAAGAAGAUGCACAUGGGUCCGUGGCGGAAGCACCGUUACAUGCAGGCCAAAUGGCUGGGGACUUGUCGCGACCGGAAGACGCCGUCGUCGUCGGGUAGUGAUUUUGCGGCGGCGGCGGGGUGCAUGGGGAGGCGGAAGGCGCGGUCGUCGAUGCUGACGGUGGAUUUGCUGGACAUGUUGCCCAAUAUGCACUGCACCGCCGUGGGAGUCAUGUGAUUGAUUUUGUCUUUUUGAUCUUUAAAGCGGGUGAUAAUUAUGGGUUUGGUUAGAGAGAUGAAUAUAUAGCGGAGUUUUCUUUGUCUUCUAGUUCAAAAGUGUUGGUGUAAUAUAUUGUAAAAGGGUUUGAAGAAUAUAAUGGCCUAGAAUUCCAAAAGCAUCGUCUUUUUUUUUUUUA